UAUUGAACAACUUUGCAGGCUUGUAUUGUGUAGUUGAUGAAAAACAUCAAGUGCGUUUCUUGAUAAUUUGGGUUAUGUUUAUUUAUUUGUUUUCAAGAUGUAGUGCUGAAAUGAAGUUAUUAAAAUGAUUUCAACUUAAUUUACAGGAAGUGUGAAGCAGCAGAUCAGUAUGGCAGUGGUGGUAAAGAACACCGGUGUAGAGGAGAGUGAGCUGAUCUGUGGAGUCAGCAAUGAUUGUGUUGUCCUGCAGCCGAUGAAGAUGGAACCAGAGCCUGUUGGUUUCAUCAGUGUCAACAAUGGCAGCUACGACACAGCCACUAGUAUCGCAGAUCUUUACAAACCCUCGUACCAGCAACUCACCUCCUUCCAGCCGUACUCGCAGUUGGAGGAGUACGAGGGGGGACCGAGUGAGGGGGGUCCAGCAGAAGAGAGAGCAAGUGAACAUUCAUCCUCUACACUGUCAGUCCCAGUACAAGACUACUAUGAGAUUCAGGUAGUGGAAGAGGAGGUGGUCAGUGAUAAUUGGAAUGUGGACCAUACAGAGGUGGUGGUAGAGGAUUCUAAACCGCAGGUGGACAGUGGCACGUCUGCGGCAGUAGACGACGUGGAGAUACCGCUGCCUCAGGACCAAGAUCUCUACUCACAGAUGCACCCUUACCCUUGCGACUUCUGCAGCCGUCGCUUCAGUAAAAAGUCCACCCUGAUGAGUCACAUGAUCUCGCACCAGACAGAACGUCCGCAUGGAUGUAACUUGUGUGGAGCACGAUAUCGGCGCAAGUGUGAUCUGGUGAACCACAUGAAGAUCCACGCGUAUCCGCCGCCACGAACUGCACUGGACGAGGAGGAGGAAGAGACACGCAGUGCGGCUGAAGGUAAGGGUCGACGGAAGAAGGCGCAGUCUCUGGCUCCGAAGAAGAACAGUUUCAGCAGUGACCUGAGUGACAACCUGGAGUUCCGAGAUGAGAAGAAACCUGGUAAGAAUAACAAGAAGGUGAGCAAGAGCUUGCCACCAAAGUCAGUCAGCUACGUGGAUGAGGACAUGAGGCUGUUGACGGAGAUGUCCCGCAAUUCCGACAUAGUGAACCGUACCCCGCGAUGGCCCGUCGUCGACCAGUCAAGGCCCUACGUGUGUCAGCAUUGCGGUGUCGGUUUUGCCAGAGAAAAGGCGCUGGGGUCUCACUCUCGAAUUCAUGGAGGUGACUCACCCUUCGAGUGUGACGUCUGUGGAGAAAUGUUCUGGGAUGUGAGCUUACUGCGGGAACACGCACGCAGCAAACAUCCGCACUUGGACACCACACAGGGAGACGCAGUGUACACCGGUGACGAUCGGUUCGGCAACUUCUUCUGUGAGACCUGUGGUGUCUCCUUUCAGCGGCUAGAUCUGCUGAAGAAACAUCGCAGGAGCCAUCUGAAGACUGAGCCAAUGCAGGAAGUAGGAGACGAUGACCACGUGUGUACCGUCUGUGGGCAGUUCUUUGAGAACGCAUCGGAGUUGCGCACACAUGCAGAGACUCAUGCGACCGAGAGCCAUCGUUGUAUGGCGUGUGGUGCACGGUUCUCACAACCGGCCGAGCUCAGCGAACAUGUGCGCACUUCUCACACCGACCACACCCAGGACACCACUUGUACUCAGUGUGGCAAGGUGUGUAAGGACCGACGAGCACUGGCCAAGCACGCUUGCGCUCACUCCGAGAACCGCAGCUUUCCCUGCUAUUCUUGCAACAAGCGUUUCCACAGUCGAGCACGACUCCGCAGACACAUGGUGAGCCACAGAGACAAGGCUGUGUCGUGCUCGGACUGCGGAGAGGAGUUCCCGGAUGGGCGUGCGCUGCUGUCUCAUCGUCACGCACACACGGCUCCCAGUUCUCAUGCUGCACGCUCAUUCCCAUGCCAUGACUGUGGCAAGACCUUCGGCUCACGCAGCUCCCAGCAGAUACACGUCCGUAUACACACUGGUGAGCGGCCCUACGGCUGCCGAUUCUGCUGGAAGGCGUUUGCUGAUGGUGGGACUCUGCGCAAACAUGAACGUAUUCACACAGGGGAGAAGCCUUAUGUCUGCCCUGUAUGCCCUAAGGCUUUCAACCAGCGGGUGGUGUUGAGGGAACACAUCCGAGCCCACCACUCCGGCUCGGACUCCAAGGUGAACUCCUGCUACGAGUGUAAGGUCUGCGGCUAUCUGUUCUCCUCGUCCAGUGAGUUGUGUGUCCACCUGGUGCAACACAGUGAUGAGAACACGGCCAAGCACCGGAUGCCGACCAUGGGACCACGGAAGUACAAGCGUCGCCGCAAGCUGGGCCCCUCCUCUCCGGCCAAGACCUCCCCCGGCCUGGACUACGAGUCCACGGACUCCAGUGACUCCAUGGUGGAGAAGACCAAGAAGAUCAUCAAGAAGAAGUACAGUUACGACUCCCCACCGCCCACACAGGACCUGGGCAGAGAAGUCGUCCAGUCGUUCGAGAACGCGAUACAGAAUAUCAGUUCUAUGGUGCGAAGUGAACCAAAAAAACAAAAAUUGGAUAAAGCGUUAAAAAAGCACAAAACAAAAGCAUUGUCGAAAUUGACCAAGUUAGCUCGCAUCGAGAAACGGGCCAAGGCGGCGAAGUUGUUAAACAACACGAGUUACGCUUCCAAGUACGUCGUUUCUCGUCCGGACGACAUGAGGCCGGUGGACGGGCAAGUGCGGCCGAGAACCAAGAACGUGACAUUUCCGGUGUUGGAGGACAGUCUGGAGACCAUUCUCAACGGAUCUGACGCGAUUCGCAACCGACCGCGCACGAAAAACGUCAACUACCACAACAUGAAGGUGACGAAGCUUGAGCCGGCCACGUUCCCUCUGACCAAGUCGAAAAACAAGAAGACGAGAGUGAAGAAAACGUUCAUAAAGAAGGAGAAGACAAAGUCGAGUCCGAGCAGUAGUGUCCUGAACGGUUCCAAGGAAAACGAGAUCGGUGACAGUAAUUUGGUGAGUGAGGAGAAACUGGAGACCUGUAUCGUGGACGACUUCAACAUCGAGGGAGUUCACAACGAGUUGAAACCGGAGGAGAUGCCACAGAGAAUCGAACCGGUGACUAUCAAGACGGAGGUGGUGAGUUGUGAGAUCUGCGGCGUCGGUUUCGCCGACAGGUCCGAACUGCUGGCUCACAUACGAGUACACAUAUAGUGGCACGCCAGGACUUAGACACCCAGUGUCUGAGUUUCGGGCCGCCACUACUGUAAUAUACUGUACAGAUAACAAAUACUGACUCUUCAGAGUGUAUUUUUAUUAUUUAAAUACUAAUCUAUUGACUGUGUCAUAUUUGAAUAUAAGAAUCUUUUAUUUAUGUUACUCCCACUGUAUAGUAUAAUUAUUGUAAAUGUUAUCUACAAAAUAUGUUUAAUGAGAGUAAUAAAUAUCUGGAGAUCAUAGCAUAUAAAGAGAUGUGUAGAGUAAUAAUGAUGUCUUAAAAAUAUUUUUACAUCGUAGUGUCUUGUAUAUCGAGGUGAAAUAAUAUUUCUAAUUGUUAACUUGUAACUGAAGUGAUGUUGUUUAAUAAAUAGUUGGUCACAUUUUUAUAAUGUUGAUAAUAGUAAUUUCUAUUUGCACUGAGCAGUUCGAUUUGUUGACCUGUAGAUUGCACUUCUAGUCACCGUACAUCGGUUGCUAAUCGUAAUAAAUGUUCUGUAUCUAAUUAUGUAAUAAAACGAUGAACUUAUCGAGUUCCUAGUUGUUUUCAUCAAAGUUCAACUUACAGCUUUAAAAUAUUUCCUUGUUCCAAUUAUUUUUCAUUUAUUCGAGUUAACUUAUCACUUGUUAAGUUUUACUUUAAUGUUAUUUUUACCUCUCAUUCCACCCUUGAUUCCUUGUAUUUUUUUAUUAAUUAGGAGUAAUGCUAUCGAUUAUAGAAAAUAUAUUUGUUUUGAGUUUGUAACUUUUAAUAAAUUUGUGUUUUUCCUGAAUCGUUUACUUAAGUUCAUGCUACAAAAUGACUGUCUUUCACUGUGGUACCGUACGUUGGAGAACCUACUCAGUUUGUUUCAUCAUACAGUAAGAUAUUGGUGAGUUAAGUUAUCUCAUAAACUGCUUGUAAUUAAUUUAUAUUGUACAGAGAAGUUGUUGUUGUUAUUUUAUUUUGCAUGUGGUAGAAAAUGGAGUGCAUGAUGUAUAUUUGUUUUAUUUCCAAUACACCUUUGAAACUGA